GUUCGGGACAUUCAACACGAUGCCGCUCGGCCACCUAUCCGCCGCUUCGUUCAGUCUGCCCCGCACGCCUUGUGUUGCGUUGCCUAUCGCUCUUGCCCUACAAGCUGAUAAGGUGACCAUGCCAUGUUCAUCUCAUCAACUGAGUUUUGAACAUUCCAUCUAAGUCUCAUUGCUUGACUCCUCUCGACAUCGCUAUUCGUCACAAUGCGCCAGUCUAAAUCUACCGCAGGAGCAGAGAAGAGAUUCGUUUGCAACCACGAUGGGUGCGAUCGAAGAUUUACUCGUCAUGAGCAUCUACAAAGACAUUACCAGAACCAUGCUGGUGGCGAUUUUACUUGUGACAGAUGUCGAGCUCACUUUAAACGCCGUGAUCUUUUAGAUCGACACAUUUCGCGACAUGAAGCAAAGGACGCCGAAGGCAGUGCUCUGAUGACACGAAAGCGUUCUUGGAAAGACGCAGAUGGGAAUAUUGUGGCCAAGAAGCCUCACCUCGACGAGUCCACCGAGAAUGAGAAGUCUGAAGAGAGGAACCUGAACAGUGAUGCUGCUCCUCUGUUGUCACCACCAUUGUCCUUCGGCACUGCAGACGUUCAAGGUCCGGAUCUUAUGAACAUGGAAACGAUGGAUGACUCGCUACCUCUCUUCCAUGAUCAAAGACGGAUAUCGGAACUGGACGAGGCAAUACUGGACCAGAAUAACCUCUUCCCGGAUCUGUCAACUCAUACCAUUGAUGAUAAUCUUUUCGAAGAUGCUUUCAAUCCUGACACAGCGAGCUCGUUCAACAUGCCAUAUACUACCAUGAGCAAUUACAACUGGUUGUUUGACCUUGACACUAAUAAUAUCAAUAACGACUUCAGCUUUGAACCCAUGGACUGUAAUGCCUUCCCGGCAAUGCAAGCGGAUGUUCGUUCGAACGACAUGAUGGACUUCGAUUUGUCCGACCUACCCUCUGGAGUUGCUACAAUGGCACCGCAUGCUCCAAUCGCCCCUAUGGCCAUUCCCCAACAGAGUAAUCAACAGUCUCAAGUAUCGAUGCCAUCUCAAGCGUCGUCCACGAACGGCUCUUCCAAUGCGGACUCAAACUCUUCGAGGUCCUCGCCUUCGACCAAGGCGACAUCAGUUUCUUCUGAGACGCGUCAACGAAGGCCAAGGCAAACGGCCUCAAAAAGAUCGGCUUUCUCCAACGGCCUGGAGCGACCCAUGACACUCAUGAGUGCUAAUACCAAGCUGCCAAAACUGGACGCCUUGGCUCGAUCUCACAUCCUACAACUGGUCGAGAGCGUUCGGCCUGUCACACCCUCGGGUGAUUAUGUGACAUCUGAUCAUGCUUUCUUAUCUCUUCCUGCAUUGCAAACUUAUUCAGAUCUCUUCUUCACCAGGUUCAACGCGACGUAUCCCCUGAUCCACAUAUCUUCGUUCGAGCCGUCAAAGGUGGACACUCUUCUUCUUCUGUCUGUGCUGUUGCUUGGUGCAACAUACUGUGAGAAGGAUGCCCAUCAAAUUGCGGUGUGCAUUCAUGAUGUUCUGCGCCCUCAAAUCUUUGCCCAUGCUAGUUUCAGUGCUGUCCCAGAAUUAUGGAUGCUCCAGACCAUCUUGCUUGUUGAAUGUUUCGGCAAGUCUCGAGCAGGACAGAAGCAACAUGACAUGUCACAUCUAUUCCAUGGGUUAUUAAUCAAUCUCAUUCGUCGCAGCGACUGCCAAAUCGUCAAACCAGAGUCUUCUGCAGAUGCCAAUGGUGACCUUGAGGACGAAUGGAAAAGCUGGGUUGAUGCGGAACAGAAAAAGAGAUUGGCACUUCUUUGUUUCAUGUGGGAUACACAGCACGCUGUCUUGUUCUGUCAGUCUCUGUGCAUGUCGGCAUUCGAGCUUCGAUGUGCCUUACCGUGUGACCAAUCUCUUUGGGAGGCAGAUUCCGCCGAGAGCUGGCAGAAGCUCCGAAAGACGCAGAACACUCCUCCGCUAUUCUUAACUGCACUGAAGCAACACAUUGGCGCUCAAACACCGGCUGUGACGCACAAAUUGAAUGGGCUAUCUCGCGUGUUGAUACUGCAUGGUCUCAUGUCAGUCGCUUGGGACAUGAACAGAAGGGACCAGACGUCUUUAGGCGUUGUCGGGAGCAACAUGCUCGAUGGCUGGAAAUAUCGUGUCGCAGUAUCUUACGACAGCUGGAAAGCCGACUUCGACACCUACGUGAUGUCCGUCACUCAGACGCUUUCCCAAUCAUACGCGUUCAUGACUCCGGCAGAACAACAGGAAACACGCCGAGGAUUCGCAAUCUACUCAACCGCCAACUCUGCACUGUACCAUGCAGCCUAUGUAAUUCUCUUUUCCGACUUCCUGGACAUCCAAAUCUAUGCUGGUGCCAGACAUCUACUCGGACGGCCGGUGCGCCGAGAAGACUAUGCCCGCUCCCAGCGCGUGGUAAAAAGAUGGGCUAACGAGCAGAAUUCGCAUGCGUCCAAAGCAGCUUGGCAUGCUGGGCACAUCAUAAAAGAUGCCGUCAUGAACCUUGAUGACUUCGAUGCUGGAGGUCUCUUCAUUCAUCCCUGGUGUCUCUACCUCGCCACUAUAACGAUAUGGUCUUUCCACCAUGCACGUCCUGGCGGCAAGCAGAACAGAGGAUCGGAAGACGACGAAGACGAGAUGAUCUGGGAUGUACAGGCGGACAUGAAUGGCUUGAUCGGCAGCAUUACCAGUGGGACUGCAGAACAGCUUUCUUCUUCACUGGCGAGCAAUAGGCGAAUGAGUACCGCUGGGCUCACGGCGGUCAUCUCGAAACAGUUGAGUAAGGUCAGGUGGGCUGUGGUAAGAGAUGGAAUGUUGGUCUUGAAAGGACUGGUGCCGUGGAGACUCAUCAAUGAAACCGAUACAUGAUGAUAGAAUUUUGUAGAUGUAGCUCACAUAGAUCUCUCCAUUCACCUAGCCUCUGGAGAAGUAAGACACCUCCUCACAACUUCAGCAAUCCUAC